AAAAAACUGAUGAGACAAGAGACAUUAGUUUAUUAAAUGAAUCAAUCGUAUAUCCAGAGCAAUAACUAAAUAUUCAUGCAAUAUUAAUGCUAAGAUCAAUGCCCAAAUAAUCUUAUUAAAUGUAUAAGUACUUUACUGAAUCAGUUUCCCCAGUAUCUUAGUAUGGGCAACAACAUCUUUAAAGCUUCAACAUUUGCUGAAAGUCGAAACUGACUAAGCUGCGUUGACAGUGACAGCUACUGUAUAUCUGCAGUCUCGAAAUAAACACAAAGCAAUCAUCUCAUCUGGGUUUGUCACUGGAAGAUGUGAAAGUAAACAUGGAGGCAAUUCAAAGUGCUUUGCACAAGGAAAUAAAAAGCAAAUGAAAAAUAAAAGAAAUGCAUUAAAACAUUUAAAACACAUUUAAAAUAGAGUAAAAUUCGACAAAUAAAAUAGGAUGAGAUAAAAAAAUAAAAUACAAAUAGAAAAAAAUGAGAGACGAGAAUACAGUUAUAGUGCAGUUACAGUUCCAUAAAAAGUUUCCCCAAAUUCAAGCAACUUUAUUAUGUAGUUUGUAUGUGACGUCUGCCACAUUAUCACCCAGACACUAGGACCUAAACUAAACCAAACAACCCAGUGAGGGUGGUUCUGAGACAAAACAAGGAGGAAGUGUUCAACUCAGUUGUAUAUAAAAUAAAUAAAUAAUAAAUAAAAUAAACUGAAAAGGGUGACAUUUGACUAAUUCCAUGAUGAUUAAACAAAAACAAAGCAAUAAUAAAUAAAAUCUUUCUAAAGAAGGAAAAAUAACAAAAUAUAUCAGGAUACUGCAAUAAUUAACUACAAGUAAUAAAAAGUACAAGUAAUAAAAACAUGAAAAAUAUCAUCUAAAUGUUAAUUAUAUUGAACCAUUAGUAGUCGAGCCACUAAAAAAAAAAUGUUAACACUGCUGCUAACGCUGCAAAGUAAUGCAGGGCCGUGAUAAAAUGUUAUUUUUCAUUCUCAAGUAAACAGGUCAUGUCCGGCCACUAUCUAAUAAAGCAUGCUUUGGCAAAGAGCACAGAGUGUGUUGCUGCAUGUACACUGAAUAACAUGUUUGAAUAGAUAUAAUGUUCCAUCGCAAAGAGAUCUCAGUGGAUUUUUCUGUGCUCUUUUAUUACAGAGCUGCAUUCAAUGCGAAUACAUAAUGCAAACACAUAUUGGUGAAUAAUAGUAAACAGGUUGGUAUAGCUCAUAAAACACACCAACAUACAAUACAGUUCAUGAUUCAGUUUUUAAGUCUGCAAGUAAUACCUCAUCCCCUUUGUGGAGCCAGUAUUUCUAACAGUUUUAACACACUCCACACACACACACACACAUAUAUAUAUAUACAGGUCGGUCUCUGUCUUCCCAGUGAGGACAUGCGGCUCUGACUUCUGAGAAGACCUGUGUGUGAAAGGUGAUUAUAUCCUGGCUGCUGUUUAUCUGUUUAUCAUGGGGCAUGGGCAAGAGGCAGGCUGCUGUCUUCCCCCAGAUAAUGGACUCCAGACUGCUGCUGAUCCCCGAUGACUAGCCCACCACUGAUAAAGACUCUCUCUUUCCUUCAGAGUGACCACUACACAAGACAUCAGCUACGCAAGCUGAAAACUGUGGUGGCCAGUUUCACAAAACAUCUUUAUUAUGGGCUUAAAUGCAUCACACACGCUCAUCUACAGUUUGUUUGCCAGAGGAGAGUUCACUUCCAAAGGUUUUAGACUAAAUUAUGAAUUUGUAGUCAUACCCUAUAAUAUAGGGAUUUUAAAGGGACAAAUAAAUACCAUAAAAUGCUUGUAAAAUUAUUUGGAAAACGUGAAAUAAAACAUGAAAAGAAUUGAGAUUUUUUAGGCUAUGCAUACAGACCUUCGCAACUCUUUAAUAUGAGGGACUUUUCUGUAUAAUGAGUGUCUAUUCUGUUCUAUUUUAAUGUGAUCACCUGUUUUCCACACACAAAUUCCCUUAAUAUUCUUUCUUAUAACAUUCCUUUUGGUCUUGGUGUUAUGAUAUGAAUUUUGAAUGAUCCCUGUGGGGAAUGUGGACAUUUGUAGCUGCAAAGUUGAGAGAAACAUUAUUUUAUUUCAUUUGGUAUCACCAGACUAAAAAUAUCCCUUUAAUGAUAUGUGUAGUCUAGAGCCUGGCUUUGGAAAAUAAACUUUGUUAUGGUGCGUGCAGCGAAUUCUUUUUGCAGUAACUGAUGGGAGUAUCAACACAAAUAAAACAAUUUGUCUUUGUCUUCAUCUAGUGGCCAUAUGUUGUCAUUGUGCCUACGGCUUUAGAAAAAAAAAACAGCAAGUAAAAAAACAACAACGUUACAGCCAAAAUCUGAAAUAUUUAGAAUAGGUUGGUCUAACACUGAAAAUUGUUUAAUAAACGUCUGAAUUUUGGAGCAAAAAGUGUUAUUAUUAAUAUGCUGCUUUAGCACGGAAGUGCUUGAAGCUACUUGGUUGCUAUAGCAACAGAGAGACGCUGCUAACCACACCGAAAUUAGCUAGCGUUAGUUAGUGUUGUGAGGACUUGUGAUAAGACGUGUUUGAGUUGCAGAUGGACGCCUCCUCACAGAGUAGAGUGGGCAGGGGACUGUGGAACAACCCCAGAGCCACCCAGUACAGCAAAGAGACCCAGGACAUGCUGAGAUUAAUGAUGCAGGAAUCAAGGCUCACCAGCCUCCAGAGAAAACAAAUCAACGAAUGCCUCAAGAACGGAGCAGCUUUACCACUGACCUCUGAUCCCACAUUGUCAGCCCCUCAGCCUGAAACCAGUAAAUCUGUCCAGAAACGCCUGCUAAGCAAGCCUCAGAGACGCAGCGCUGAAUCUUGUCGUUCUGGGAACAGCUACGUCAGAGAAAAGUUCCAUCCCGGUCCUAUAAGAGACUUAGAGAAAGAGAAGAGAAGGCUUCAGAAUAUAUUGGCAACGGGACAAGAGGAGCCCACAGCUGCAUCUUUCCAAAAUGUUCCUUCAUGUAGGAACCCAGGAGUGGUGGAGGGGAGAGACCGGUUACAGGAAGUUCUGGAUGAGAUAGAGGAGAGAAGACAGUUUCUGGCAGAUAUGGCCUCUCUGGGUCAGGAGAAGCAGUACAUCAACAUCAUCAACACUGAGAUAUCCCAGAGAAUUCAAGAACUGGAGGUGUUGGACCAGGCCCGCAGUCCCAAGAUGGAUGCAAUGACAUCUGAGGGGAAAGGGGUGACUGCAGAACAGAUAACAAAAAACAUGGACUUGAAAGAGACAGGAGGAGAGAAGACUAACUGCCACUAACUGAACACUUGGAAAUCAGGUGCAAACAAUAUAACUUCAAAUUCAGAUUAUGAAUGGGUCGAGUAAAGUGUGAUAUAAUAAUUGCAGUACUGAUGUCUGAAAAGAGGUUACAGCUGCACUGUGCUUCAACUAAAUAAGCAGUUCAGGUGACAGCACAGCAGUGAAGACAUUACUGUGAUGUCAAGUGGUGAAAGCAUUAAAUUUACAAGAAACAUUAACUACUUGCAUUAACUUAUUUUAUUGCUCUGCCUUCCAGUGUCAGUAUUUUUUUUUUAUAAUGCUGCUGCUGGACAAUGUAUAGCUGACAGAACUGUGGCACAACAGAAGCCCUUGGUUUUAGCUGGACAGGAAGACAGGCACAAAGAAGAAACACAGACACGACAGGGAUUACCAUUUAAAAUGGAGGACAAAGAGACUCUAAAUGACAAAACAGGAACAGAAUGAGUAAACACACUGACAUAGAUUACAUUAGCUCCAACAAAUGAUGCUCAUCCACAUAUGCAAUUAAAUAAAUGGCACUUGUACAAACAAUGUUAACAGGUUUUCCCCUAUCCACUUGGAAAGAAAAAACAUACUGAAAGGCAUAGUAAAAUAUAAAUUAAUGAUUGCAUCUUCAGGUUUUCCCCAGUGGUUAAAACUGUUACAAACUGAUGUUGCGCUAGAGUUGUUAAAAUACUGUAUAUCUGCCAUUUCUAACACUCAUUAUUGCAUGUGUGACCUUUCAUUUUAAUAAACUUUCUAAGAGACA